AUGGAUACCUUGGGAAUGAUGGACGAUGGCUGCCUGUUACCAGACAACUACCAUGACAUGGUGAAGGGAGGGGGGUCUAGCGGAGGAGGACGGGUCCACAGCAUUGACCUGACCCUGGGCUUCAGUAAGGACCAGGACCCCCUGCUCACCCCCAUAGGGUACGAAUGGACCCAUAAAGUGGACACUGAGGGCCUGGAGGACCACCAGGGGAAGCAGGGCCAGUCAGACCCCCACAGACACCUCCCCAGUCUGGGGGACAGCACCCAGCACUCUGCCUUCCACGGUCAGUACCACGGUUAUUGGUUAACUAAUUGAUUGAUUGGGUGAUUGGCUGCUGUUUAUUACACGGAGACAAGGUAUCACUUCCUAUGAAUAACCUCUUCAUAAUGUAUUAUAAGAACACUUAUAACGCAUUAUGAGACAUGCAUGAUGCAUUCUAAUGCACAAAAUAGGUGCUAAUAACUGCUCAUAAACAUCUAUAACAUAUACAGCAACAACAUCAGUGAAAUAGCAGUUCAUAUAAUGAUAACACCAAAACAAUCUAAGACUUACGAGUGGCGCAGCUAGCCGGCAGUUGGAAGAGCAUGGCGUUUGCAACGCUAGGGUUGUGGGUUCGAUUCCCACGGGGGCCAGUAUGAAAAAUAAAAUAAAUAAAUACAAAUAAUGUAUGCACUCACUAACUGUAAGUGGCUCUGGAUAAGAGCGUCUGCUAAAUGACUAUAAUGUAAAAAAAUGUACCAGUCAGAGGUUUGGACACACCUACUCAUUCCAGUGUUUUUAUUUAUUUUUACUAUUUUCUACAUUGUAGAAUAAUAGUGAAGACAUCAAAACUAUGAAAUAACACAUAUGGAAUCAUGUAGUAACCAAAAAUAGUGUUAAACAAAUCUAAAUGUAUUUUAUAUUUGAGAUUCUACAAAGUAGCCACCAUUUGCCUUGAUGACAGCUUUGCACACUCUUGUCAUUCUAUCAACCAGCUUCAUGAGGUAGUCACCUGGAAUGCAUUUCAAUUAACAAGUGUGCCUUGUUAAAAGUUAAUUUGUGGAAUUUCUUUCCUUUAUGCGUUUGAGCCAAUCAGUUGUGUUGUGACAAGGUAGGGGUGGUAUACAGACCAUAUUAUAUUAUGACAAGAACAGCUCAAAUAAGCAAAGAGAAACAACAUUUCAAGAACUUUGAAAGUUUCUUCAAGUGCAGUCGCAAAAACCAUCAAGCGCUAUGAUGAAACUGGCUCUCAUGAGGACCGCCACAGGAAAGGAAGACCCAGAGUUACCUCUGCUGCUGAGGAUAAGUUAAUUAGAGUUAACUGCACCUCAGAUUGCAGCCCAAAUAAAUGCUUCACAGAGUUCAAGUAACAGACACAUCUCAACAUCAACUGUUCAGAGGAGACUGUGAAUCAGGCCUUCAUGGUCGAAUUGCUGCAAAGAAACCACUACUAAAGGACACCAAUAAGAAGAAGAUACUUACUUGGGCCAAGAAACACGAGCAAUGGACAUUAGACCGGUGGAAAUCUGUCCUUUUGGUCUGAUGAGUCCAAAUUUGAGAUUUUUGGUUCCAACUGCCGUGUCUUUGUGAGACGCAGAGUAGGUGAACGGAUGAUCUCUGCAUUUGUGGUUCCCACCGUGAAGCAUGGAGGAGGUGUGAUGGUGUGGGGGUGCUUUACUGGUGACACUGUCAGUGAUUUAUUUAGAAUUCAAGGCACACUUAACCUGCAUGGCUACCACAGCAUUCUGCAGUGAUACGCCAUCCCAUCUGGUUUGCGCUUAGUGGGACUAUCAUUUGUUUUUCAAUAGGACAAUGACCCAACACACCUCCAGGCUGUGUAAGGGCUAUUUGACCAAGAAGGAGAGUGAUGGAGUGCUGCAUCAGAUGACCUGGCCGAGUGAAGGAAAAGCAGCCAACAAGUGCUCAGCAUAUGUGGGAACUCCUUCAAGACUGUUGGAAAAGCAUUCCAGGUGAAGCUGGUUGAGAGAAUGCCAAGAGUGUGCAAAGCUGUCAUCAAGGCAAAGGGUGGCUACUUUGAAGAAUCUCAAAUAUAAAAGAUAUUUUGAUUUGUUUAACACUUUUUUGGCUACUACAUUAUUCCAUAUGUGUUAUUUCAUAGUUUUGAUGUCUUCACAAUUAUUCUACAAUGUAGAAAAUAGUGAAAUAAAGAAAAACCCUUGAAUGAGUAGGUGUGUCCAAACUUUUGACUGGUACUGUAUAUCUAAGACUUUCACUUCUCCGCAGUAAAAUGAGUAGUCACAAUGUUUACUUAGAUUACCUCAUCCAGGAGGAAGGGCAGGGACAGUUGAAAGCAUACGGUGCUAACCUCAUCCAGGAGGAAAGGCAGGGACAGUUGAAAGCAUACGGUGCUAACCUCAUCCAGGAGGAAAGGCAGGGACAGUUGAAAGCAUACGGUGCUAACCUCAUCCAGGAGGAAAGGCAGGGACAGUUGAAAGCAUACGGUGCUAACCUCAUCCAGGAGGAAAGGCAGGGACAGUUGAAAGCACACAGUGCUAACCUCAUCCAGGAGGAAAGGCAGGGACAGUUGAAAGCACACAGUGCUAACCUCAUCCAGGAGGAAAGGCAGGGACAGUUGAAAGCAUACGGUGCUAACCUCAUCCAGGAGGAAAGGCAGGGACAGUUGAAAGCACACAGUGCUAACCUCAUCCAGGAGGAAAGGCAGGGACAGUUGAAAGCAUACGGUGCUAACCUCAUCCAGGAGGAAAGGCAGGGACAGUUGAAAGCAUACAGUGCUAACCUCAUCCAGGAGGAAAGGCAGGGACAGUUGAAAGCAUACGGUGCUAACCUCAUCCAGGAGGAAAGGCAGGGACAGUUGAAAGCAUACGGUGCUAACCUCAUCCAGGAGGAAAGGCAGGGACAGUUGAAAGCAUACGGUGCUAACCUCAUCCAGGAGGAAAGGCAGGGACAGUUGAAAGCAUACGGUGCUAACCUCAUCCAGGAGGAAAGGCAGGGACAGUUGAAAGCAUACGGUGCUAACCUCAUCCAGGAGGAAAGGCAGGGACAGUUGAAAGCAUACGGUGCUAACCUCAUCCAGGAGGAAAGGCAGGGACAGUUGAAAGCAUACAGUGCUAACCUCAUCCAGGAGGAAAGGCAGGGACAGUUGAAAGCAUACGGUGCUAACCUCAUCCAGGAGGAAAGGCAGGGACAGUUGAAAGCAUACGGUGCUAACCUCAUCCAGGAGGAAAGGCAGGGAUAGUUGAAAGCACACAGUGCUAACCUCAUCCAGGAGGAAAGGCAGGGACAGUUUAAAGCACACAGUGCUAACCUCAUCCAGGAGGAAAGGCAGGGAUAGUUGAAAGCACACAGUGCUAACCUCAUCCAGGAGGAAAGGCAGGGACAGUUGAAAGCAUACGGUGCUAACCUCAUCCAGGAGGAAAGGCAGGGACAGUUGAAAGCACACAGUGCUAACCUCAUCCAGGAGGAAAGGCAGGGACAGUUGAAAGCAUACGGUGCUAACCUCAUCCAGGAGGAAAGGCAGGGACAGUUGAAAGCAUACGGUGCUAACCUCAUCCAGGAGGAAAGGCAGGGACAGUUGAAAGCAUACGGUGCUAACCUCAUCCAGGAGGAAAGGCAGGGACAGUGGAAAGCAUACGGUGCUAACCUCAUCCAGGAGGAAAGGCAGGGACAGUUGAAAGCAUACAGUGCUAACCUCAUCCAGGAGGAAAGGCAGGGACAGUGGAAAGCAUACAGUGCUAACCUCAUCCAGGAGGAAAGGCAGGGACAGUUGAAAGCAUACGGUGCUAACCUCAUCCAGGAGGAAAGGCAGGGACAGUUGAAAGCAUACGGUGCUAACCUCAUCCAGGAGGAAAGGCAGGGACAGUUGAAAGCAUACAGUGCUAACCUCAUCCAGGAGGAAAGGCAGGGACAGUUGAAAGCAUACGGUGCUAACCUCAUCCAGGAGGAAAGGCAGGGACAGUUGAAAGCAUACGGUGCUAACCUCAUCCAGGAGGAAAGGCAGGGAUAGUUGAAAGCACACAGUGCUAACCUCAUCCAGGAGGAAAGGCAGGGACAGUUUAAAGCACACAGUGCUAACCUCAUCCAGGAGGAAAGGCAGGGAUAGUUGAAAGCACACAGUGCUAACCUCAUCCAGGAGGAAAGGCAGGGACAGUUGAAAGCAUACGGUGCUAACCUCAUCCAGGAGGAAAGGCAGGGACAGUUGAAAGCAUACGGUGCUAACCUCAUCCAGGAGGAAAGGCAGGGACAGUUGAAAGCAUACGGUGCUAACCUCAUCCAGGAGGAAAGGCAGGGAUAGUUGAAAGCAUACGGUGCUAACCUCAUCCAGGAGGAAAGGCAGGGACAGUGGAAAGCAUACGGUGCUAACCUCAUCCAGGAGGAAAGGCAGGGACAGUUGAAAGCAUACGGUGCUAACCUCAUCCAGGAGGAAAGGCAGGGACAGUUGAAAGCAUACUGUGCUAACCUCAUCCAGGAGGAAAGGCAGGGACAGUUGAAAGCACACAGUGCUUGGGUUGUCAUUUUCUCAAGAUUCAGAGACUACAGUUUAUCACCACAGUAUAGCUAAAAUGUUGGACUUAAUGUUUCUACCUUUACAAAACCAGAUCUAGGACCAGGCUUGGAUAAGAUAUAGCUGGUUGGAUAUCGACUGACUUGAUUUGGACAAGGUUGGAUCAUACCAUCCAUCAGCCAUGUGUAGUGGGGCUUCAACCUCUUAGAAAAUAUGAUCUGGACUGGGGCAGUGCAGAGGACAAGUACAGUCUUGGUGUAGAUUAGAGCUGUCCAUUCCCAGGGCACAUGAGGACACUCAGGUUUAACAGGUGACAUCUGUCCACUUGGGAUUACUGGGACAGAGGAAUGCAGUGAAAGACGGACAUUAUGACAUCACCCAUAGAGAGAGCUGCACAGUAGGCCACUUUUGGUAAGUAGAACUGGCACUGCCAGAUGAAUCGAGAGCUCCCAUGCAAAAUACAGAUAUCUAAACAAACACUUGUGUCUCCUGUUCUACUGUCUACCUUCAGAGUCAGGCCUUUUCUCCAGGGACAAGUGUGACGGGGACCUGGGAGACCUCCAGAAGGGGGUGGACAGCGAGGGAAAGUCCCCUGAGCCUCCAAAGGAGGACCACCCUAAGAAGAAGCACCGGCGUAACCGCACCACCUUCACCACCUUCCAGCUCCAUGAGUUGGAGAAGGCCUUUGAGAAUUCCCACUACCCUGACGUCUACAACCGGGAGCAGCUGGCCAUGAAGGUCAACCUCCUUGAGGUCCGUGUCCAGGUAUGGAGCCUCCACCUAUCUAAUACUACUAUUACUAUCACUAUACACUAAUAAUACUGUAUGGAGCCUCCACCUAUCUAGUACUACUAUUACUAUCACUAUACACUAAUAAUACUGUAUGGAGCCUCUACCUAUCUAAUACUACUAUUACUAUCACUAUACACUAAUAAUACUGUAUGAAGCCUCCACCUAUCUAGUACUACUAUUACUAUCACUAUACACUAAUAAUACUGUAUGAAGCCUCCACCUAUCUAUUACUACUAUUACUAUCACUAUACACUAAUAAUACUGUAUGGAGCCUCCACCUAUCUAAUACUACUAUUACUAUCACUAUACACUAAUAAUACUGUAUGAAGCCUCUACCUAUCUAAUACUACUAUUACUAUCACUAUACACUAAUAAUACUGUAUGGAGCCUCCACCUAUCUAGUACUACUAUUACUAUCACUAUACACUAAUAAUACUGUAUGGAGCCUUCAACUAUCUAGUACUACUAUUACUAUCACUAUACACUAAUAAUACUGUAUGGAGCAUUCAACUAUCUAGUACUACUAUUACUAUCACUAUACACUAAUAAUACUGUAUGGAGCCUCUACCUAUCUAAUACUACUAUUACUAUCACUAUACACUAAUAAUACUGUAUGGAGCCUCCACCUAUCUAGUACUACUAUUACUAUCACUAUACACUAAUAAUACUGUAUGGAGCCUCUUCCUAUCUAAUACUACUAUUACUAUACACUAAUAAUACUGUAUGGAGCCCCUACCUAUCUAAUACUACUAUUACUAUCACUAUACACUAAUAAUACUGUAUGGAGCCUCCACCUAUCUAAUACUACUAUUACUAUCACUAUACACUAAUAAUACUGUAUGGAGCCUCCACCUAUCUAAUACUACUAUUACUAUCACUAUACACUAAUAAUACUGUAUGGAGCCUCCAUUUAUCUACUAUUACUAUCACUAUACACUAAUAAUACUGUAUGGAACCUCUACCUAUCUAAUACUAAUAUUACUAUCACUCUACACUAAUAAUACUGUAUGGAGCCUCCAUCUAUCUAAUACUACUAUUACUAUCACUAUACACUAAUAAUACUGUAUGGAGCCUCCACCUAUCUAAUACUACUAUUACUAUCACUAUACACUAAUAAUACUGUAUGGAGCCUCCACCUAUCUAGUACUACUAUUACUAUCACUAUACACUAAUAAUACUGUAUGGAGCCUCCACCUAUCUAAUACUACUAUUACUAUCACUAUACACUAAUAAUACUGUAUGGAGCCUCCACCUAUCUAAUACUACUAUUACUAUCACUAUACACUAAUAAUACUGUAUGGAGCCUCCACCUAUCUAGUACUACUAUUACUAUCACUAUACACUAAUAAUACUGUAUGGAGCCUCUACCUAUCUAGUAUUACUAUUACUAUCACUAUACACUGAUAAUACUGUAUGGAGCCUCUACCUAUCUAAUACUACUAUUACUAUCAAUAUACACUAAUAAUACUGUAUGGAGCCUCUACCUAUCUAAUACUACUAUUACUAUCACUAUUCACGAAAAAUACUGUAUGGAGCCUCCACCUAUCUAGUACUACUAUUACUAUCACUAUACACUAAUAAUACUGUAUGGAGCCUCUACCUAUUUAAUACUACUAUUACUAUCACUAUACACUAAUAAUACUGUAUGGAGCCUCCACCUAUCUAGUACUACUAUUACUAUCACUCUACACUAAUAAUACUAUAUGGAGCCUCCACCUAUCUAAUACUACUAUUACUAUCACUAUACACUAAUAAUACUGUAUGGAGCCUCUUCCUAUCUAAUACUACUAUUACUAUCACUAUACACUAAUAAUGCUGUAUGGAGCCUCCACCUAUCUAAUACUACUAUUACUAUCACUAUACACUAAUAAUACUGUAUGGAGCCUCCACCUAUCUAAUACUACUAUUACUAUCACUAUACACUAAUAAUACUGUAUGGAGCCUCCGCCUAUCUAAUACUACUAUUACUAUCACUAUACACUAAUAAUACUGUAUGGAGCCUCCAUUUAUCUACUAUUACUAUCACUAUACACUAAUAAUACUGUAUGAAGCCUACACCUAUCUAAUACUAAUAUUACUAUCACUCUACACUAAUAAUACUGUAUGGAGCCUCCACCUAUCUAAUACUACUAUUACUAUCACUAUACACUAAUAAUACUGUAUGGAGCCUCCACCUAUCUAAUACUACUAUUACUAUCACUAUACACUAAUAAUACUGUAUGGAGCCUCCACCUAUCUAAUACUACUAUUACUAUCACUAUACACUAAUAAUACUGUAUGGAGCCUCCACCUAUCUAAUACUACUAUUACUAUCACUAUACACUAAUAAUACUGUAUGGAGCCUCCACCUAUCUAAUACUACUAUUACUAUCACUAUACACUAAUAAUGCUGUAUAAUGCUGUAUGGAGCCUCCACCUAUAUAAUACUACUAUUACUAUCACUAUACACUAAUAAUACUGUAUGGAGCCUCCACCUAUCUAAUACUACUAUUACUAUCACUAUACACUAAUAAUACUGUAUCUAGCCUCUACCUAUCUAGUAUUACUAUUACUAUCACUAUACACUAAUAAUACUGUAUGGAGCCUCCACCUAUCUAAUACUACUAUUACUAUCACUAUACACUAAUAAUACUGUAUGGAGCCUCCACCUAUCUAAUACUACUAUUACUAUCACUAUACACUAAUAAUACUGUAUGGAGCCUCCACCUAUCUAAUACUACUAUUACUAUCACUAUACACUAAUAAUACUGUAUGGAGCCUCCACCUAUCUAAUACUACUAUUACUAUCACUAUACACUAAUAAUACUGUAUGGAGCCUCCACCUAUCUAAUACUACUAUUACUAUCACUAUACACUAAUAAUGCUGUAUGGAGCAUCCACCUAUCUAAUACUACUAUUACUAUCACUAUACACUAAUAAUACUGUAUGGAGCCUCCACCUAUCUAGUACUACUAUUACUAUCACUAUACACUAAUAAUACUGUAUGGAGCCUCCACCUAUCUAGUACUACUAUUACUAUCACUAUACACUAAUAAUACUGUAUGGAGCCUCUACCUAUCUAAUAUUACUAUUACUAUCACUAUACACUAAUAAUACUGUAUGGAGCCUCCACCUAUCUAAUACUACUAUUACUAUCACUAUACACUAAUAAUACUGUAUGGAGCCUCCACCUAUCUAAUACUACUAUUACUAUCACUAUACACUAAUAAUACUGUAUGGAGCCUCCACCUAUCUAAUACUACUAUUACUAUCACUAUACACUAAUAAUACUGUAUGGAGCCUCCUCCUAUCUAGUACUACUAUUACUAUCACUAUACACUAAUAAUACUGUAUGGAGCCUCUACCUAUCUAGUACUACUAUUACUAUCACUAUACACUAAUAAUACCGUAUGGAGCCUCCACCUAUCUAGUACUACUAUUACUAUCACUAUACACUAAUAAUACUGUAUGGAGCCUCCACCUAUCUAAUACUACUAUUACUAUCACUAUACACUAAUAAUGCUGUAUGGAGCCUCCACCUAUCUAAUACUACUAUUACUAUCACUAUACACUAAUAAUACUGUAUGGAGCCUCCACCUAUCUAGUACUACUAUUACUAUCACUAUACACUAAUAAUACUGUAUGGAGCCUCCACCUAUCUAAUACUACUAUUACUAUCACUAUACACUAAUAAUACUGUAUGGAGCCUCCACCUAUCUAAUACUAAUAUUACUAUCACUAUACACUAAUAAUACUGUAUGGAGCCUCCACCUAUCUAAUACUACUAUUACUAUCACUAUACACUACUAAUACUGUAUGGAGCCUCCACCUAUCUAGUACUACUAUUACUAUACACUAAUAAUACUGUAUGGAGCCUCCACCUAUCUAAUACUACUAUUACUAUUACUAUACACUAAUAAUACUGUAUGGAGCCUCCACCUAUCUAGUACUACUAUUACUAUACACUAAUAAUACUGUCCAGGUAUGGAGCCUUUUGCUGUGAACUAUUACUAGACUAGCGUUACUACUGGCACUACAUAGCAUCUGUCCACAGACUGUGGCACGCAGGUUUUUGCAAGUGUUCUCAUCUUUCACAUGUUGGAAUGGGAGGGGAAGUUUGGCCCAUGCUUUGGCUGAGAGAUUCUGUUUAGGAGGUGGAGACUCCUACAGUUGCCGUCAAAUAUAUUAUAUAUUGGUACACUUUAAAAUGGAGUGGAGCAGAAUGUUCUGUUUUCUCUUUUUAAAACUGGUUCAAUGACUAUUUUUAACCAGUAGGCACCGGCAACUUACCACAGGUGAGAUAAAUUACACAGUAAAUGAGAAUCACCUGCCUCCAACCAAAUUGAUUUGAAUUCUGAAUAGUUUAGUCCAGGCCAUUUUUUUUUACUUUGAAGUAAAACAUCAACAACAACACAAUCUACAAAUACUAUUAUUACUACUAUUAUUGUAAUACGAUGUAGUGUACACUACUGAGUGACUACUUUAGACUAAUACUAGGGUAUCCUCUCUGUCCGUGUCCAGGUGUGGUUCCAGAACCGUCGGGCUAAGUGGAGACGUCAGGAGAAGAUGGACUCCAGCUCAACAAAGCUCCACAACUUCCCCAUGCUGUCCUUCAACCGGCCGCCCAUGCCCUCCAAUGUGGGGCCCAUGUCCAACCCAUUACCCCUGGACCCCUGGCUGGCCUUGUCCAUGCCCAGCGCCACCCCAAUGCACACUAUCCCCGGAUAUACAGGCCUAGGGCAGGGCCCUCACCUUCAGCCUGCCUACCCCAACCACUCCCACUCCCAUAGCCACAGCCAUGGCUUCCUCGACAGUCCACCAGGACAUGGUGUGAUGGUACAGGGGAUGCAGUCUAUGGCCCCGCCACCCUACCAGUGCCCCCCCAGCUUCAAUGAUAAGUACCCUCUGCUAAGGACCUGGAACACAGUAGCAGCAUCGCAGCACUGA